ACCACUCCCCCCUCCUCCUCCCCCUUUCCCCCACCCCACCCCACGAAGAAUGGGGCCUGUGCUCCUCAGACGUGGAGGGUGCCUCCUGCUUUGGAUGGCGCUGCUCCUGGGAUGCUGGGCUGAGCUAGGCAGUGGCCUUGAGUUCCCAGGAGCGGAGGGCCAGUGGACUCGCUUCCCUAAGUGGAACGCUUGCUGUGAGAGUGAGAUGAGCUUCAACAUGAAGACCCGCAGCUCCAGUGGCCUGGUCCUUUAUUUUGAUGAUGAAGGCUUCUGUGACUUCUUGGAGCUAAUCCUGACCCAAGGUGGGCGUCUCCAGCUCAGCUUCUCGAUCUUCUGCGCUGAGCCUGCCACCUUGCUCUCCGACAUGACCAUCAAUGACAACCUGUGGCACACAGUGGUCAUCCGCCGCAAUUUUAAAAACACGACACUGUUAAUUGACCAGGCUGAGGCUAAGUGGGUGGAAGUGAAAUCCAAGCGGCGGGACAUGACGGUCUUUAGUGGCCUCUUUCUAGGAGGCCUGCCGCCUGAGUUGCGCUCAUCUACUCUAAAAGUAACUCUCUCUUCGGUGAAGGAUCGUGAGCCCUUCAAAGGAUGGAUAACAGAUGUAAGGGUCAACUAUACACAGUCCUCACCUGUGGAGAGUCAAGAAGUGCGACUGGAGGAUGAUCAGAGUCACUUAUGUGCCAGGGAUGACGUUUGUCUCAAUGGCGGUGUCUGCUCUGUGCUCAACGACCAGGCCGUCUGUGACUGCUCUCAAACAGGCUUCCGUGGGAAGGACUGCAGUGAAGGUCUGGCGCACCUGAUGAUGGGCGACCAAGGCAAGGAAGAAUACAUCGCAACAUUCAAAGGAUCAGAGUAUUUCUGCUACGACUUGUCCCAGAAUCCUAUCCAAAGCAGCAGUGACGAAAUAACGCUUUCCUUUAAAACUCUUCAGAGGAACGGACUAAUGCUUCAUACUGGAAAAUCAGCUGAUUAUGUCAACCUUGCCCUGAAAAAUGGAGCCGUCUCUUUGGUUAUUAAUUUGGGCUCAGGGGCCUUUGAAGCACUGGUGGAACCCGUGAAUGGGAAAUUUAAUGACAAUGCCUGGCAUGAUGUCAAAGUAACCAGGAAUCUGCGUCAGCACUCAGGCAUUGGACACGCUAUGGUGACAAUAUCAGUGGAUGGAAUUCUGACUACGACGGGCUACACACAAGAAGACUACACCAUGUUGGGCUCCGAUGACUUUUUCUAUGUUGGAGGCAGUCCUAGCACAGCAGACUUGCCAGGGUCACCAGUCAGUAACAACUUUAUGGGCUGUCUUAAAGAGGUUGUAUAUAAAAAUAAUGAUGUGAGGCUGGAACUAUCUCGGCUUGCCAAGCAAGGAGAUCCUAAAAUGAAGAUCCACGGAAUUGUAGCAUUUAAAUGUGAGGAUGUAGCGACUUUGGAUCCAAUCACUUUUGAAACACCAGAGUCCUUUAUCUCUUUACCAAAGUGGAAUGCCAAAAAAACAGGUUCAAUAUCAUUUGACUUCCGCACUACUGAGCCAAAUGGGUUGAUCCUUUUCAGCCAUGGCAAACCACGACAUCAAAAAGAUGCCAAACAUCCGCAAAUGGUCAAGGUUGACUUCUUUGCUAUUGAGAUGCUUGAUGGCCACCUCUACCUGCUGUUGGACAUGGGAUCUGGUACAAUUAAAAUAAAAGCUUUACUGAAGAAGGUGAAUGAUGGAGAAUGGUACCAUGUUGACUUUCAAAGGGACGGACGAUCUGGUACUAUUUCUGUCAACACAAUGCGUACCCCUUAUACUGCACCUGGAGAAAGUGAGAUCUUGGACCUAGAUGAUGACUUGUAUCUUGGAGGUUUGCCAGAAAACAAAGCAGGAUUGGUCUUUCCAACAGAGGUCUGGACAGCACUACUCAAUUACGGCUAUGUGGGCUGCAUUCGGGACCUGUUUAUUGAUGGUCAAAGCAAAGACAUUCGGCAAAUGGCAGAGAUCCAGAGCACUUCUGGAGUGAAGCCUUCAUGUUCAAGGGAGACAGCAAAGCCAUGUUUGAGCAACCCUUGUAAAAACAAUGGCGUGUGUAGGGAUGGCUGGAACAGAUACGUCUGUGAUUGUUCUGGCACAGGCUAUCUGGGCAGGUCAUGUGAGAGAGAGGCAACAGUUCUAAGCUACGAUGGAAGCAUGUUUAUGAAAAUACAACUCCCCGUGGUGAUGCACACUGAAGCAGAAGACGUGUCAUUACGGUUCAGGUCUCAGCGGGCUUAUGGCAUUUUAAUGGCCACGACUUCUAGAGAAUCUGCUGACACGCUGCGUUUAGAACUGGAUGCAGGACGAGUUAAGCUAACAGUCAACCUAGACUGUAUCAGGAUUAACUGUAAUUCCAGCAAAGGUCCAGAAACCCUUUUUGCUGGCUAUAACCUCAAUGACAAUGAGUGGCACACAGUGCGUGUGGUUCGGCGAGGAAAAAGCUUAAAGUUAAUGGUGGAUGACCAGCAAGCUAUGACAGGUCAAAUGGCUGGAGAUCACACAAGACUGGAAUUUCAUAACAUAGAGACAGGAAUCAUUACAGAACGCCGUUAUUUGUCCUCAGUCCCUUCCAACUUCAUUGGCCAUCUGCAAAGCCUCACCUUCAAUGGCAUGGCAUACAUUGACUUGUGUAAAAAUGGGGACAUUGACUACUGUGAACUAAAUGCCCGGUUUGGCUUCAGGAACAUUAUAGCUGAUCCAGUCACCUUCAAGACAAAAGCCAGCUAUGUCGCUCUUGCCACUUUGCAAGCCUACACCUCUAUGCACCUGUUUUUCCAGUUCAAAACAACAGCCUUCGAUGGGUUAAUACUCUACAACAGUGGAGAUGGGAAUGACUUCAUCGUGGUUGAGUUGGUGAAAGGGUAUUUACACUAUGUGUUUGAUCUGGGCAAUGGUGCAAACCUGAUCAAGGGAAGUUCCAAUAAGCCUCUGAAUGACAACCAGUGGCACAAUGUGAUGAUUUCACGGGACACCAAUAACCUCCAUACGGUGAAAAUCGACACAAAAAUCACAACGCAGAGCACAGCAGGAGCAAGAAACCUAGAUCUAAAAAGUGACUUGUAUAUUGGAGGAGUGGCGAAAGAAACCUACAAAUCCUUGCCAAAGUUGGUCCAUGCAAAAGAGGGGUUUCAAGGCUGUCUUGCCUCCGUGGACCUGAAUGGGCGCCUUCCAGACCUGAUCUCAGAUGCUCUGUUUUGCAACGGGCAGAUUGAACGAGGAUGUGAAGGGCCCAGCACUACGUGCCAAGAGGACUCAUGUGCGAACCAAGGCGUCUGCUUGCAGCAGUGGGAUGGCUUCAGUUGUGACUGUAGCAUGACCUCCUUCAGUGGAACGCUGUGCAAUGACCCUGGAACAACAUACAUAUUUAGCAAAGGUGGUGGACAGAUCACAUACACGUGGCCUCCCAACGAUCGGCCCAGCACGCGUGCGGAUAGGCUGGCAAUAGGGUUUAGCACAGUUCAGAAAGAAGCCAUCUUGGUGCGAGUGGAUAGCUCUGCUGGGCUCGGUGAUUAUUUAGAGCUGCAUAUCCACCAAGGAAAAAUUGGAGUUAAAUUUAAUGUUGGAACAGAUGAUAUCGCAAUUGAAGAAGUCAACGCAAUCAUUAACGAUGGAAAAUACCAUGUAGUACGUUUUACAAGAAGUGGUGGUAAUGCCACAUUACAGGUGGACGGCUGGCCUGUUAUAGAACGCUACCCAGCAGGAAACAAUGAUAACGAGCGCCUGGCGAUUGCUAGACAGCGAAUUCCAUAUCGGCUUGGUCGAGUAGUUGAUGAAUGGCUACUCGACAAAGGACGUCAGCUCACAAUCUUCAAUAGCCAAGCAACGAUAAAAAUUGGAGGCAAGGAGCGAGGUCAUCCAUUUCAGGGUCAGCUUUCUGGACUCUACUACAAUGGCUUGAAAGUCCUGAACAUGGCUGCCGAGAACGAUGCCAACAUAGUGAUAGAAGGGAACGUGAGACUUGUUGGUGAAGUGCCUUCUAUGACAACUGAGUCAACUGCCACUGCAAUGCAGUCUGAGAUGUCCACAUCAGUUAUGGAAACCACCACCACUCUAGCUACAAGUACAGCUAGAAGAAAGCCAACCACAAAAGAACCCAUCGGUCAGACCACAGAUGACAUCCUGGUGGCCUCCGCGGAAUGCCCCAGCGACGACGAGGACAUUGAUCCCUGUGAGCCGAGCUCAGGUGGGUUAGCAAGUCCCACCAAGGCUGGAGGAAGAGGAUAUCCCAGUUCAGAUGAGGUGGUCCGGGAAUCCAGCAGCACAACUGGCAUGGUGGUGGGGAUCGUGGCAGCAGCUGCUCUGUGCAUUCUCAUCCUCCUCUAUGCCAUGUACAAGUAUAGAAACCGGGAUGAAGGGUCCUACCAUGUUGAUGAGAGUCGAAACUACAUCAGUAACUCAGCACAGUCCAACGGGGCUGUGAUUAAGGAAAAGCAACCAAACAGCUCUAAAAGCUCCAGCAAAAAUAAGAAAAACAAGGAUAAGGAAUACUACGUCUGAUCCCAACAGCUGAAAGAACAAUUGUAUAGAAAUAGUCUUCAUUUUAUCUGAGACAUAAAAACAAAACUUAUUUACUUUACUUUUUAUGAAGCACAUUCAAAGUUUAAAAAAAAUGGGAAAACAAGAACACAGGGAAUGCAAUCAGAAAGGAAAGACUUUUUUUUAAAAAAAAGGAAAGAAAAAAAGUGAAAUAAGCAUUUCAUGCUCUUGUUUCACUGAAACAGGAGUCAAUAAUCCCCUAACAUCCACAGUGUUUUCAUUUACUCUGCAGUCUUUAAGUUGCUGGAAUGUUUCUGAAGACGAUGUUGGUACCGCACAUUCAUAAGGCAAGGAGUAUUACUACAAAAACAUCACCCAGCACAACACGAAAUGAAAUAAACUGCAACAACAAAAGUGAAAUCUCUCACACACAAACAUACACACAAAAGAAGCUACCUAUGAGUCUGGAUUUAGCCAAAGUGCUAGCACUUUCCUGAGGAGUAAGUUAGUCUUAUUACCUGAAGAAACUCUGCUGUCCUACACAAGCGCUCAUCAAGCAGACCUCGAAAGAGCUUGCCACCCAGUGCAACGAAGCAAUGAUUGGAGCUGGGGUUUGAAGUGAAGUGCUGGCUUUUCUGAAUAAACCACAUUUAAAAAAGAAAGAAAGAAAGAAAACACUUUCCAAAAAAAGCCCCUUUCUGGUUGUGAGGAAAACAGUAUAGCGGCCUUAUUUUCAAAAAUAACAAUAAACAAGAAAAGAGAAAUAUAAGGCUUAUUUUUCACACACCACUAACAAACAAACCUGAGGGGAAAGAUGCAAUCAUUGGGGGGGGGAAAUCAUGCACGCUUAAUAUGUUAUUACAUAUGUUUAUAUUAAAAAUACAUCUAUAUGUGCUUUCUGGACUGUGAUAAGUGAUGUUUUCUAGCCUGUUGUAUAGAAAAUGCAAACUAUAUCGGCUCUUCAACCAUUUUUGGUAAACUCAAUGUUCUAAGUGUUGCUAGAUAUAGAACAUUUUACCACAUCUGGAGCAACCAACAUUUCUGUUUACUUUUGCAGCCAUGAGAAAUUGCCACAAUGUUUCUUCCCCUCCUGCAACUGAUUCUUUUUCCUUACUUUUUUUUCUUUUCUUGGUUUGUUUUAAUUUACAGUACAGUGAAUACACUAAGAGGGAUGUGUAUGAAUGUAUAUAAGAGUCAGCUAAUUUUCUUCUUAACCUGUACAGCCUCUCUCUUUUGUUGCAGUUCAGUUAUAGUAGUUUGUAUGAAAGAAGUGGAUUUAGAAAGCAAAUAUAUAUAGAUCUAAACAUCGUACUUUUCUUCUCCAAUUGCCUAUCCACUCCCAAUAUAUAUCGGCCAAACAAAUUGAAAUCAUGUGGUUUCUGCCACCCGCCUAGACUGGACACAAGUGAAUUGUUAAAAGUGACCUUUGCACUUCAGUUCAGAUCACAUCAUUGGCCAGUGUAGUUGGCUGCUCCCCAGGAAGUGAGGAAAAGGUCAGAUUCCUUAGGAUUUUUUAUACAAAUCUUUGUCACUGUAUAUCAUUUGCCUGGCAUUCAGAACACAACUACUAAACUGGUGGUUGAUAAGAGAAUUCAAGUCUGCCUUUUGAAUUACAUUAGCUCUUCACGCUGAGGCAUUCCCCAGUUAUGAAAAAAAAUGCGUUUUGAGCUUAAACUGCAUGCAAAAACAGGAGUCCAAGUGCACAUUUUGUUAUCAGAGGAAGUAUUCAGUGUAGUUUUCCUUUUUUUAAAAAAAAAAUUUUUAUCCCACCUUGCCUCCUCUUCUAAGAUAAGUUGGUUUGGUGGUUCAGUAAUUAACAUGCUUUAAGCUUCUCUGCAUAGAUAUACAUUUAAACAUUUAAUGCUUUGGUUUAAAUACAUGCUUGUGCUAUAAGUUAGCAAUUAAAACAAAAAUUAAAAGACUGCUCCACCAGAUUCCCAAAAAUGUCAUUGUGUAACAUCUCACUCGCAGAGAGAUACAAAGGGAAUACAUUAGGCCAAGAGAAAGUAGUUCAGUAGAGAAUCAGCCAUAUCUUGAAAGGCCUCCUGGGAGGAUGAGAAUGGUUCACGCUUUACAGACAGGAAGAAGGAAUUUAAAAUUAGCUUUAACCAGCAGGACUCUGUAUCUUCUUGUGUGUUGUUUGCUACCACUGAAGUAAAACAUUGGGAAUCAAUGAAGCACUUGGUCUUCAAUACAGCAAUAUCUUACAAACACAUGCAAAACAGUUGUGUUAUUGCCAUCUUUGGAAACUGCCAAACAGUUUGAUCACGCUGUAUGUCAAAAGGUUGCAGAUUGGGGUGUGCGUGUGAAUAUUUGAAGGAAGUGUCAGUAAGGCUACAUAAUCUAAAAAUACUUUGCCCAAUCACUCUCCUCCUGUACCUUCUUCAUAAGUGACCAGGGGAGGUCAGCAAAAGGGCUCUGGCUUUCAUAUACAAAAUGAAACAAACUGCCAAUGAGAAAUGCAUUUCCACAACAGUAAGGUUACAUGAAAGGGGAGAGAUAUUCUGCUCCUUGGAGUUCUCUACCACUGCCGCAAUCUGAGCCGAUGGCACAAGGUUCUCUUGUGGCUUCAUAUUGACUCUGUUAACUCACCUAACUUGGCCAGAUUAUUUUUCUGAGCAAUUAACGUGACUACCAUAAGGAAUAAGUAAUAGGGGAUGGCUAUUUCUAGAAAAAGGUAAUUUAAAACUGUUUUCUGGGGAGUUACUCCUGUUCUUCCUUGUUGAUUUUGUGACUUAAUAAUGAACAAAGAAGUGUUUGCAUUUAUCAGAUGUUACAGUAGCUAUAUUAAAACACCUUUCUCUUUUCAAAAUGCAUAACAAAUACUUUAAUCCCAUCUCUAUAAUAAUCUAGUUUGUUUGUCUAAAGCUGCAACCCUAUACACAUUUACUAGAGAGUAAGACCCACUGAAAUAAGUAGGACUUCUUCUGAGUAAGCGUGUUUAGGAUUGUGCUGUGAGAUGGCUUUGGGUUUUUUUUUAAUUACUGUAUUGUGUUGCCUUUUUAACAAUACACUAAAAUGUGUGAAAUUAUUCAUUCCCAAGAUAUCAAAAAAAGGUCAGAAGCCCUUAACCUUAUAGUGCUUUCUGUGAUAGGUAUUUACAAUUUUUUUAUUUGUUGCAAGGCCAAUUUAUCCAUUAUUGGAAAUGCUAAGCAAGUGGAAUUUACCGUUUUGUU